UUUAAGAAACAAUAACGAAAUAUAUGUAAUAAAAGCCAACUACACUUAAAAUAUAUUAAAUAAAAGUAAACAAGAAAUUGCGAGAAAAAGGAAGCUGUGCCCUCAUACUAUAGUAUAGUAUAUAUAUCGUUAGUUUAGUAGAAAACUUAUUCCCAUUCCGUGUUUUAAGCAACAGAAUGCGUAGCCGCACUGAACUAGUUACCACAACUUUUGUAGACUCUGAGGAGGAUUACAGUGAGGACGAUGAUUCUGAAGAGGAUUGGCGUCCUUCUGCUUCGAAUAAAAACGGUAAAAAACAAAAACAACUACGAGGAGCUAGUGCUACGGCUAGCAAAAGGGGCCGCAAACGUAAGGCAAGUUUAAAUCCAGUUACCACAAAUAAAUCGUCCGUGAAACGUAAAGCGACCUAUGAAGAGAGUGACGAUGAAGAAGAAGAUGAAGAACCGCCAAGUGAUGAGGAAUUCAAUUCUUUUGAUGAAGAAGAAGAGACAGCCGGACCUUCGCAGAAGAAACCAUCUACUAAUCUACCGCCUAAGAAACAAUUUGCCGAUAAGAGUUCAACAACAGCAACGACUAUGGAAGGCAGCAAUUCAGUUACGACUGAUAGUAUGUUAAGUUUACUGGUUUACGCAAAAGAUCUAGUGGGAGAUUGUACGAAAAAUCAACGUUUAUGUUUAUGGCGUAAGGACGAUACAAAUUUAUUACAAAAGUAUAUAAGAGUAAAAACAACACCUGAAGAAUUCCUAUUUACAUCCAGUUCAGUGUAUUCAAGUUGGGAUGAUAAGCGUGUUAGUGAUUUCCUAGAUAUACAAGUUAAGUCCCUGGAUGUAAAUAAUAGACGUGUUAAGAUCACAGAUGCUUCAGAGUUGGGAAAGCUCUCCAAAGAAGCUGCAGAUGUUCUGGCUAGACGCAAAGAAAAGGGCGAGAAGCCCGGCCCUGAUUAUGAAGAAUUCAACAGUGAAGAUCUUAGCGAUGCCGAAGGAUCUAAAACUAAAAAAUCUCCUGAAAAAAUGAAUAAAGAUCGAAAAGAAACUAAUAGUUUAGAGAAAAGGCAUACGACAACGAACACUUGUAAUAAGUCGCUAGAACAACGGAAGUUUGUUUCUAAAGAUGCGGACGAUGAAGACGACGAUGAUGAUGAUGACGAUGAUGAAGAAGAGGUGGAAGAAGAAACUGAUGGAAAAGAAGAUGAAGCCAAUCUGGAUGCGGACGACGAUGAUGAUAUUGAGGAUGACGAAGAAGACGGAGAUGAAGACGAUUAAGUAAAUGAGUGAAAAGUUGGAAACAGAAUUUUUCUAAAGCUUAAUAAAAUUACAAAAAGAAAUUUGAAACUAACAAUUUAUAAAAUUCACUGUCUACUACAUUCUCUUGUUCUUCCACUCUUUCCAUCAACUGUAGACGUUAUAUGCAUGAUUUUUGCUUUAGAAAUUGUUUUCUAUGUAUUAUGUGAUUAAAAUUGGCGUAAAAAUAAUUUAAAAAAAUACAAUAACAAUAUAUAUACAUAUAUAUAUAUAUAUAUAUAUAUAUAUAGAAAUUGAUUAGAAAUACUUAAAAAUGUUUAUGUUAUAUAAAUAAUAAGAUGAACUUUAAAGAGGGCGUAGAAUUCAAAUGAAAAAUAAUUAAGAAAAGCACAAAAUAAUUCUAUACAAAUUAAAGAAUUUAAAUAAGUUUAUAUCAUGUAAGAUUUGCACAAAAUCAAAGGAAAAGCACUUUUAUCUAAGAAAUGAUGAUAAAUUUUAUUAAUAAUAACUUAAAGAGAAAUAUUAAUCAAUGCUAAGAAAAAAGACUAAGCAGCAUUAUGGUUACUACGAUUAAUAGAUUAAAGACAUUAAUUAAGAUAUCAAUAGUAAUCAAAUUCUAUUCAUAUACACAGCAAACAUUAAAUUAUGAUAAUCUAAUAAAAAUGCUACAAA